AACUUUAAUUUAGCCCUAUUUUCACACCCCUCUUCCUAUAUUUCCUUCCAAUGGAUUUGGAAGCUGUAGCAGAAACUGUUAAAAAUUCUGCUGGGAAAAUAUCAGCUGGAUGUGAAGUCAAUUCGAUCGAGGAACCGAGUGUUGGUAUGGAGUUUGUGUCUGAAGAGGCUGCCAAGCACUUUUAUGAUGAAUAUGCAAGACGGGAAGGAUUCAUUGUGCGCCUUGAUCGUUGUCAUCGUUCUGAACUUGACAACCGAAUCAUUUCUCGCCGUUUUUCGUGCAAUAAGCAGGGUUUUCACGUGCGAGGUAGAAAUGGAAUCAAGCCUGUUCAUAAGCCACGAACUAGCAUAAGAGAAGGCUGUGAGGCUAUGAUGUUGGUUAAAUUUAAUAAAUGUGAGAAGUGGGUGAUUACUAAAUUUGUAAAGGAACAUAAUCAUCCGCUAAAUGCUUCUGGUUUACCUGCAUAUAAUAGAUUGAUGGAAUCAAAGGAUAGGAAGAUACUACAACUCACGAAGGAACUCGAGCAACGAGAUCGACUAUGUCAACAAUAUCGCAGGCUGCUACUUUCCCUUAUGGAAACUGUUGAGGAACAAACAGAAUGUUUAUCAAGAAAAGUUGAACAUGUUGUUAACAAUGUCAGACAACUUCAGAAUGAAGUGCAAAAACCUUUGAACACUGACUAACUUU